AUGUUAUUUAAUAACUAUCAUACGGUUCAUUUACAAAAUAUCAAUUGUACCACCAAUAUUUUCAAUUCAAAUAAUUCACAAACUAAUCCAACAAACGACUACUAUGAAAACCAAAGAUCAAACGAGUGUAAUAGUCCAAAUAAUAGUCAAAAUGAUGCUAGGCAAAAUUAUUUUUUUAAUGUACCUGCAACAAAUACAACAGCACCUACAUAUGCUCAACCUCAACCUCAACCUCAACCUCAACCUCAACAUCCAUCACAUCCUCCUUCAAAACAACAACGUCAUCAUCAACAACAACAAGAUCAACAUCAACAAACUCAACAACUUCAUCGGCAACAUCAUCAGCAACUCAAUCAACAUCAACAGCAACUCAUUCAACAGCAACUCAAGGUUUUACAUAAUCUGCUUUGUGUUAAGGAUGGGAAUUUCUAG